AUGUACGAAAACGACAACAACUUUUGGGCAGCAGGACUUUUAAUGUUUGAUACCCAAUCUUUAGAUCUUGAUUCUAAUUAUAAGAAGCUGUCCAAGUUAUUUUGUCUUAGAUUCAGAGAUACAUCAAUCAUCUCUUCCGACUAUCUGAAGCCUCAAAAUCAAAAAUUUGGCCCAUUGAAGGAGGAAGUUCGUGUUUACACCAAUUCCCCACGCUUCGAGAUGCAUUUUAUUGGAAAUGGCGGUCAGCAUUUGGAUGAUGAUAUAGAAACAAGUUGCCCUGAUCAGGUUUGA